AUGCAAACAGGGGUGCUGGACGGGCAUGUGCCGAGCAGCAAAACCUCCUUCCACGUGUCGGACUCUAUCGGUUUGCUGUGCCCAAACGUGCACUGCCCACACCGCACUGCCCUGGAAGGCGAACGGUACACGUCGAUGCAGCUGGUGGCUGUCAACCGUGUGCUAGAGGACGGCCAGCGCUAUCUCACUGUGAACAACGAGAGACUAGAGGUAGAGCUGCGUGCCAAAAAUCAUCAGCUGCAGCAGUUGGACGCUCUCGCCACACGGGAAGCCAUGCGGCGAGAGGAGUUGGAGCGGCAGCUCACUGAACUGCAGCAGACAAUGGACAAAAGACAUGGCGCAGCACAGUGUAAUGUGGAGGCACAGGCAGCAGAGCUGGAGCGCCUGCAACAGGAGAAGAAGCUUCUCGUGGAGCAGGUGCUGCAGCUUCAGGGUGCAUUAGACGAGAUGGUGCGGCUCAACGAGGCACUUCAGUUUGCGCUUCAGGUGCCUGACCCGCAGGCACCGAAAGCUGUUCCACUGGGGGUAAACAAAGCAGUGGCAGAAGUGGAGGUUGUGUUGCCUCGCUCAAAGGCGCCUCGGGUAGACGCGCGGCGUUCACGGAGCUCUUCAGCGCCAUCAGCUUUCGCUUCCAACUCGGGUUCUCUUUCCUCAGUGGCAGCUGGAGUACGCGGGAGCACACACAAGCCAAGGCACGAGGGUGAUGAUGGCGAUGCUAACGAUGACAUUGGCGGAGGGAAUGAGGAACUAGACACGCACAUCAAUAGCGGCAGUGGCGGAGAUAAAGAUUUCGCUUACGCGGAAGAUGUUCAGCGUGGUGGCGACGAGACGGCGAUGCACUCGAUGCAGAACGUCGUCUCUGACUUGGCAGCGCUGCGGGACUACUUGAACUCGCUGGGGCCAAAGUCGUGA